UAGCUGCCUGCAGUCCUGCACAGCCCACACAGUAAGUGUCAGCAACUACAAAGAGUCUAUAUAGCUACUAAUUAAUCAUCCUCGAUCGAUCGAUCUCGGUCGUGUAUAGCAGUAGCACUGCAUAUGGCAAUAAGCAGAUUAAUGGUGACGAAGAAGCAGCAGGCGGCCUUGUUGGCCGUGGUCGCCGUGGCAGCUCUGGCGCAGGUCGCGGCGGCGGCGGUGCAUCCGGUGGGAGGCAAUGGCGCCUGGGACACCACCGGCAACUACAAUGCCUGGUCCGUCUCCCAAAAGUUCUCCCAAGGCGACUCCAUCCUGUUCACCUAUCCCUCCUCGCACGACGUGGUGGAGGUCCCCAAGGCCAGCUACGACGCCUGCUCACCCGCCAACGCCCUCGCCUCCUACACCGGCGGCAGCACCACCGUCAAGCUCGACGCCCCGGGCAAGCACUACUUCAUCUGCGGCGUGCCCGGCCACUGCGCCGCCGGCAUGAAGCUCGAGGUCACCGUCGCCGCCGCCACCGCCACCAAGCCCAGGCACAAGAAGGGCGCCGCCCCCGCCGCCGCCCCGGCGAUGCCUCCCGCCGUCUCAUCACCCACCGAGGAGAUGCCCGCUGUCACCUCUCCCACCGGAUCUCCGGCGCCGUCGUCCGCGUCUGCUGCGUCAACCAUCGCCAUCAACGUCGCCGCCACGCUCGCCGCAGGGAUGGCAUUGGCCUUCCUCGCCAUGUGAGACUGAGACUAUAGGCUCCAUUUAAUUAUUUUUUGGGCUCUGCUUAAUUAAUCCCUUCCCUUAAUCAUGUAUGCAUGCCACUGCUAGCUAAGCUGUUGAGAAAUUUGCAGGCUUUUCGCUUCUUCUUUUCCUUUUCCUUUUGAUUAAAUUAUUAGUUUACGUACAUUUAUUUGUUGUACACUUGUACUCUCUCGACGGAAUAAAUCGAGCUAUAUAUUGUCAUUCUUUCAGCAUGAUUCAGUGUU